GAAAAAUGUGGUGGAGGAGAUUGAGCGAAUGAAGAAAAACCGCGAGGAACGACGUCAGAGACAGGAGACAAUGAAAGAAGAGAAGGAAUUUCUCAUAAUCGUGAAUCAGGGGAACCCAAACUGGGAGUUCCAGGAAAUGAUCAGGAAAUACCGUAGCAGUACUGAAUUCCGUCCACUGCGAGAGUUAGAUCCCGUUGAGGAUCACCAGAUUACAGUUUGCAUCAGAAAGAGGCCGCUCAACAAGAAAGAGGUAACCAGGAAAGAGGUGGAUGUCGUCUCGGUGCCGAGUAAAGACGAGAUUGUUGUGCAUGAGCCCAAACGCAAAUUGAACCUCACAAAGUUCUUAGAGAACCAACGAUUCACAUUUGACUACGCUUUUGACGAGACUUGUUCCAAUGACUUGGUCUACAAAUACACAGCAAAGCCUCUAGUUCAAACAAUCUUAGAGGGCGGGAUGGCAACAUGUUUUGCAUAUGGGCAGACAGGAAGUGGCAAGACUCAUACAAUGGGUGGUGACUUCCGGGGUAAGAGACAGGUCUGCAAGAAAGGAAUCUACGCCAUGGCCGCUGAGGAUGUCUUCAAUUUCCUCAAAUUGCCCGAAUAUAAGGACCUGGACCUGAGGGUAUUCGCAAGCUUCUUUGAGAUCUACAACAGUGAUGUCUCCGAUCUCUUGGCCAACAAAGCCAAACUGCGUAUCCUUGAAGACGGCAGGCAUCAAGUUCAGAUUGUGGGGCUGACUGAAAGAGUAGUCAACUCAGUGGAUGAAGUCAUUAAAAUCAUAGAGCGUGGUAACACUGUAAGGGCUUCAGGGAAGACAUCGGCGAACUGCCAUUCGUCACGGUCCCAUGCAGUAUUCCAGAUUGUGCUCCGGACACAUAACACCAAUCGCAUUCACGGCUUGUUCUCAUUGAUCGAUCUAGCGGGCAACGAGAGGGCAGCAGACAGGACUACUGCGAACAGGCAGACAAGACUGGAAGCGGCGGCGAUUAACAAGUCACUUCUGGCUCUAAAGGAGUGUAUCAGGGCGUUGGGCAGACAAGCUGCUCAUGUCCCAUUUCGGGGCAGCAAGAUCACUCAAGUGCUCCGAGACUCCUUCAUC